AUGACCUCAGAAGCCUGCGAGGUCAGCCCAGAGAGCAAAAGCUUUAUUGAGAAUGCCAUUGAGUUUUUGUGGAACACAGUGAGCAAAGAGGAACUGCAGCUCCUGCUGACUAAUGAUAAAACCUGGAAGCAACUUGUGGCUGAGGCUGAUUUGUCCAGAGAUGAGGCAGAUGCACUACAUGAAGGUCUGAUCAAGCUGAACACAGCCAUGGCCAUGGAGGACACAGACAUGAUCCAAAAAGACCAACUGUACAGGGAGAAGUUUUUGAAGGAGUUUGCUCUGGAGAAACGAGAACUUGAGAAGCACAUAAGACAGCUCCACGCACUUGCAGACAAGGUUGACAAGGUGCACAGGGACUGCACCAUCUCCCACGUGGUGGCCAAAUCUACCAGUGCUGUGUCUGGCAUCCUGACCAUCCUUGGCCUGGCUCUGGCACCCGUGACAGCAGGGGUCAGUCUGGCACUCUCAGCAACUGGUAUAGGGCUGGGAGCAGCAGCUGCUGUGACCAGUGUGUCCACCAGCAUUGUGGAUGCCUCAAGCAAGCUGUCAGCAAAAGUCAAAGCCAGUCGCCUGCCAUCAAUUGACAUCAACAAAGGGGAAAUAGUCAAGGAAACUCUAGAUCACAUCAAACCCCAUGUUGUUUCCUCGACAAACAAUUUCACCCAAGUCAUGGAAAUUAUUGAGAAGGACAUCCGUGAUACCAUGAUGGGCAAAGGCAAAUAUCAGUUAGCAGCCCAUGCCAAGCGCUUCGUCACUGUUGGGAAAAUCUUGUUCGAAAGUGGCAAGAUGAUGAAGAAAGCUUUUGGAGGUCCCACACUGGCAAUUGCCAAAGGAGCCCAGAUUGCGGGUGGGGCCACCGCAGGUGUCUUCCUUCUGUUGAAUGUAGUCAGCCUUGUGGAAGAGUCAGUGCACUUGCAUAAGGGGGCAAAGGCAGAGUCGGCUGAAGAGCUGAGGCAGCAGGCUCAGGAGCUGGAGAGAGUAUUGGAGAUCCUCACUCAGAUCCACGAGAGUUUGCAGUAG